ACUUUCAACCUGGUGAUUCUUCGACUAGUGUCGUCGUUGUAAAUCGUGCAAAGACUCGGAAGAAAAAAUAUAUAAGGAAUACUAUUGAAAGUGAGAUUUGAUUUCGUGUUUUCAUCGAGAGAUUUCCCAGUGUUAUCUGAACAAUAUAUCGAGUGUGGUACAGUUGUGGUUUUCGUUUAGUGAGAGGAACUGAAUUUUAUAGGACACGAGUGGAACUCAGCAACGCAGGAAGGGCCACCGCAAGACGAAUAACAUUUGACAGUCUCAUUCCGACUGGCGUUCGAGCGAUAAUAAUAAUAUGCACACUUUCAACGAGACGGGGACCGGAGUCCCUGCCUUUCUGGCGAAAUUGUGGCGUUUAGUGGAGGAUCCAGAGACGAAUCAUUUGAUCUACUGGAAUCGGGAUGGUCGUAGCUUCAUAAUUCAAAAUCAAGCUCAAUUUGCUCGAGAAUUGCUUCCGAUGAAUUACAAACACAACAACAUGGCAAGCUUUAUUCGGCAGCUUAACAUGUAUGGCUUUCACAAAAUCACAUCAAUUGACAAUGGUGGAUUGAAAUUCGACCGCGAUGAAAUGGAGUUCUCCCAUCCGUGCUUCAAACGUGGAUAUCCCUAUCUUUUAGAACAUAUCAAACGCAAGAUUGCGACAGCAAAAACCCUUGACGAAAAGUCCUCAUUGAAACCGGAAGCAGUAAGCAAAGUUUUGAAUGAAGUGAAAGUGAUGCGUGGAAGGCAGGAUUCUCUAGAUUCGCGAUUUUCAGCUAUGAAACAGGAAAACGAAGCCUUAUGGCGCGAAAUAGCAGUCUUACGACAAAAGCAUAUGAAGCAACAGCAAAUCGUUAAUAAGCUUAUUCAAUUCUUAGUGACAAUCGUACAGCCUUCAUCACGUAACAUGACCGGAGUAAAGAGAAAUUUCCAGCUGAUGAUAAACGACGUGCCGCAAUCUUCUAAAGUUCGAAAACGUACCAGUAGCAAUUCGGGUCCUGUUAUUCACGAGCUUACGGAAGAGUUGCUUGACGAGGUCGCUCAUAACGAUGAUGACUUGAUGCCACAGAGUCCAAACGUGAUGUCACCUAGUGCAGGCAGUUGCGCUGAUCCAAGUGAAAUAAAUGACGAUUUAGCUCGGCCCGGUUCCACGUUGAGUGUUGGCAGUUUCCCAGAAUCAAAUCACGGCGAGGAAUUUCUACCAUCGCCCAGCACUCAUGCACCCAGUACAUCACAAAUAACAGACCCUGAAACUGAACCAGUUGUUUAUCACAUCACCGAAUUGCCGGAAACCUCUUCAUAUGAAGAAGCUACAAAGUCUCCAGUGACACAAAGAGUAAUGCUGCGUGCAUCAACCCGUCGGGGACGCAAACGAAAGCAUACAGAAACAGAAUCUAGCGAAUCUGCAAGCACGGACCAAACUUCGAAGGCUACCCAAAGUAAUAAGAAAAAACAAACUGAAACAGCCGAUGAGACGGUAGUUGUUAAAACGGAGAAGGAUAUUAAUCCAUUAUCGUUCUUAUCUGAUCCCAAUCAAGUUGAUCAAGUUGAGGUAGAUCCACAACUUAUGGAUGUUUUGACGGCAACGGUUGAUGGUAAUGAUAAUAGUGGAUUGAUUGCACGCGGCAGUGGAACGAGUAACGACAACCAGACAUAUAUUAAUCAGAAUGAUUUCAUAAACCAAGAGAUGCCUGCUGACUUAUUCGAGCAGGAAACAUCAAUACCGGAUGAUUUCAAUCUUGCGAGCGGUGCUUACAAUGAAAAUCUUGAUUUUCUGAAAUCCCAAAAUAAUAGCCCCGUAACGGAAAGCAACGAUGCAUCGACUUCUAAAAGUGUCGUUAGCACUGGCCGAAGAGUUCCGGAUUUGCCUCGCAGUUUGUCUAUUACGAAAUACAGCAAUGAUGACAUUUUGCGUUUCAAUUCGCCACGCGACAUCACAACACAUUUGGAUACUGUUCAGGGCGAUUUGGACACUUUGAAAGAUUUGUUGCGCGCAGACAACUAUACAUUUGAUGCGAACACGUUACUCAAUAAUCAGGCAACAAAUGAUCGAAUAACUUUACAUCCAUCAUUCGAUAGUGAGGCUAUAGCAAAGCUCUUUGGCGAUUCUGAUGUUUUGGGACUCUCCGGACUACCGACCGAUCAACAGAGUUUGGAUGUUAACAAAAAAGGCAAUGAACUGAUGACAUACCAACCAUCAACCUACUAUGCUGGAGAUUUAUCGGACAUGUUGAAUUUGGAUUCUGAAACAUUACCAAAAAAUACAGAAUACGAUGAAAAACAAAACGGUAACACAUCCACAUUGAACACUCCCAUGCCGGAACGAGAUUAAAGUCAUAGUUUUAACAUAAAAGUGUUUUUGAACAGAGUUUACAUGAUUUUUAUACGGAUUUCACGGACAGGAAUAUGAGGAAAAUAAUUAUUAACAAAUUGAGAAUUUUGCAUGAAGUGCGCUAGUGAGAAUGGCGAAAGGUCUAGAAUAUUUAGCAACGCUAAUACAUAUACUAUCGAAAACUAUUUAAGGAUACUCUUUCUAGUUUGUUUCUCUUUGUUACAUGGAUUCAAUAGUUCACAGACAAACGUUUCUUAAGAUUCUGUUUUUGGUAUUUUAUUCUCCGUUUUUUUUUUCUCUCGUAAUAUAGUCUUUAAGUUUUGCCACAUAACUUUUAUUAAUAUUCGUUAUGGUCCAGUUGAUGUUUAUAUGAUGUAAGCUUCGUUUUAGAUACAGACAAAUGAGGAGGGGGAGCGUCAUUGAAUAAUCUAUUUUUGUAUAUGGCUAAGAAAAGGACAAGGCUAAUUCAGUAUUUGAGAAUGAAUUAGAAUGAAAGUGUGUUUCAGGUUCAAUAAUUGAGGUUUUGCAGGUCGAUUCCACUCGAAACUCGAAUGAAAAUUAUUCCCUUAUUAUGCUCACCUCGUUAGCUUCACUUACAAUAUUUGAGCGUCAGUAAAUUUGAAAGCAUUGACUAAGUAACAAUAUCACAACAGCUACGCUCCUGACAUAAUAUUCUAAUUUAAUUCUCAAUUACAAAGUUAUAUUUUAAUAUACUUAGUUCUAUCCACAUUUUGUAUAUUUGCACCCUAAUAUGUUUAUAGCAGUUGACAACAGUAAUAAAAGUUACUUUGAAAGUGCGAAAUAGAUUGUAUGAUCAACGCAGAACAGAUCUUUUUUGUAUAGUCAAAUAUUCCAUAUAAAGCAAUAAAAUGUUUUCAACAUUUAUGGAAUAAAAAUCUAAACCCGA